AUGAUGAUGUCCGCAUCUGGGCUUGUCGAAUCAAAGGGUUUCUCCAUGGAAAUUUUUGGUCCUGGAGUGGACAAGUCGAUAGGUUGCUAUCAUGCUGCGAUACAGGAGUUGAUUGUUAUUGACGAUGUAUUGUCAGCUUUGGUUGGAAUUGAAGGACGAUAUAUUUCAAUACGAAGAGUCCAGGGGAAGGUUGAUAGUGCAAUCUUCCAAGUUGAUGCAUCUAUGGAUUUGGUACUUCAGGAAUCUGCUAAACGGAUUUUUCCCCUUUGUGAGAGCUACGUACUAAUCAAUCAAUUUGUUGAGUCAAGGUCCGAGUUCAAAAGUGUUGGGUCUAAUCAUCGAUACCUUGAGUGCAUCAAAGCUGCUUAUGAUUUUGCUAGUGGUGAAUUAUUGAAUCUCAUAAAAGAAAAGUAUGACUUAAUGGGGAAACUGAGGUCAAUCAAGCACUAUUUGCUUCUUGAUCAGGGUGACUUUUUGGUUCACUUCAUGGAUAUAGCUCGCGAGGAGCUCAUGAAAAAGCCGGAUGAGAUUUCUGCUGAAAAGCUGCAGUCUCUCCUGGACCUUGCUUUGCGAUCUACAGCAGCUGUAGCAGAUCCAUGUCAUGAGGACUUAACAUGUUGUGUGGACAAAACCACUCUGUUAAAAAGGCUGAGUACGCUCAAAGAUCUUCAAAUGAAACAGAUUGUUUCCAGCAGCAAUGAACUAGAAGAACCUGUGAGCAUUACAGGCUUGGAAACAUUUUCAUUGAGUUUCAAGGUCCGAUGGCCAUUAUCCCUCGUUAUCUCAAGAAAAGCUUUAACGAAAUAUCAGUUAAUAUUUCGGUUUCUAUUUCACUGCAAGCAUGUGAAUCGGCAGCUUUGUGCAGCAUGGCAAUUACAUCAAGGUCUUCGUAGACUUGAUAUGCAAGGAAUAGCAAUUUCUGUCUCAUCCUUGCUGUGCCGGAAUAUGCUUAAGUUUAUCAAUAGCCUUCUACAUUAUUUGACUUUUGAGGUUCUUGAGCCGAAUUGGCAUGUCAUGCAUAAUAGACUUCAAACUGCAAAGAGUAUUGACGAGGUCAUACAAUACCAUGACUUUUUUCUUGAGAAGUGCUUGAGGGAAUGUUUGCUUCUGUCACCCGUUCUUCUCAAGGUAUGA